AUGCAGCUACCAUUCAUCAGCUGUGCCCUCCUUCUCUUCUCUGGGUGGAGCUUCGCCACAUCAAACGGCUGUGAUCUCCAUGAUCCUUCCAACCCCUGCUAUAUCGCUGGAGCUGGCGGCAGUGACCUGGGCCCUGACCCCGUCCCCUCAUCAAUCCGGGCGUACUGGAUGCGGCGUGCCAUUGCAGCCCUAGCGGAUAUCAACGAAGGUAGUCCGUGUCCUUUUGCGGCCUUUGGUUCUGUUAUCGUGAACCAUACUGCGUCCGGGGAGGGCGACGGGACCGACCAGCUGGGUGUGGAGGUGUGUAUUGGUGCGAAUUCGCUCGUGAGGGAUGGGAACCCGACGCUGCAUGGCGAGAUAGCGGCCAUCAACAACUGCAGCCGAAUCCUGACUGAUCCGGACGGGCCCUACAAGCUCUCUGGGCCCGACGCGCUCAAAGCACUGGGUGAUUUGAGCCUGUAUACCACGGCGGAAGCAUGUCCCAUGUGCUCGUCGGCAAUCCUCUACGGCGGGUUUCGCGAAUACAUCUUCUCGACGUCGAUCCCCACGCUGCGCUCCCACGGCUGGCCCCAGAUCGUCAUCCGGUCGAGAGAGAUCUUCGCCCGCAGUGUUGGACGGUUGUCUGUGCACCGCACGCGGAUCAUCGGCGACCUGCUCGCGAAUGAGACUGAGGGAUUGUUCAAAUGGCAAUUUGACGCAAAUGGGUGUUGUCCUGGCGGAUGUGAGAAGGAUGGGAGUGGUGGCUGCGUGAUGAAAUCCACGAAGCUGGAUGGUGGGAUAGGGAAAGAUGAAUUGUAA